AUGUCGAGCCAAAUCGGAAGGCAUGCUUUUGAUGCUUGGAAUGAUUGGUACUCAGUUCAUAAACUACAGUGUAACAAUGUGAGUGUGACUUCCGAUCCAGAUCUAUUACGGUGGGUAAAACCAAGUCCAGACUGGGUAAAAUGCAACGUUGCUGUUGCUUUUGUUACUGAUUCUGGGAAAACCUCAAUGGGAUUGUGUUUUCGUAAUAGUAAUGGACAGUUCAUGGCUGGUGUGACACAAUGGCAGCAGUCCGUGAUCUCAACUUUAGAGGGAGAAACAUGGGCAUUACUUUUAGCUAUGAAAGAAGCUAAUCAUAUAGGAUUCAAUCAAGUUCAAUUUGAAAGUGAUUCGAAGGUGUUGGUUGAUGUUAUUCACAUGAGGCAUAGAGGAAUGCAUACAACAUCGAGUUCUUCAGGAACUGUAUAA